AUGUCGCUUGCUUUUCAGUCAUGGUGGAAAGGAGUAGAGGAGACUAUACUGGACACCCUGCUCCAGCGACCGGCUUGGCCCGCCCUAGGCACCAUUAAGGGUGGAUGUAGGUCAAUUGGGCGCACAGCCAGUACAACAGUUCAUCCUCGACAGGGACUGGAUACGAUGAAUAUCUACUCUUAUGAUACUCCUGCAGCCGUAGUAUUCACAACCAAAACAGUUGGAGGAUGGACCCACGCCCCAAGACAUUCCUACCACUCAUACAUCAUAAUGUCCACCCAGGAUGAAGAUAGUAAUACUCCUCUCCUGGGAGAUAAUCCUACGCUGGAGUAUGGAAGUAAUGCAGGCCCUGCGUCUAGCCCAGCCCAUCAUGCCUCAUUUCGGCCGAACUUGGGUACGGCCGAGGCGUUCAGCAUCAUCGUCAAUAUCGUAGUCGGAAGCGGGGUUUUCACCUCCCUUGGCGCCAUUGACAUCAACGUUCCCUCCCCAGGGGCAGCCCUGGUCGUGUGGUUUGUGGGGGGUAUCUUGGCUUGGACAGGUGCUGCAACUCUCGCCGAGCUCGGGGCGGCGAUUCCAGGUGAAGGAGGUGUUCAACCGUACCUUCAGUAUAUCUACGGGGAUGUCUUUGGCUUCCUUUCCACGUGGACAUGGGUCGUUGCGGUAGUGCCGACCUCACUCGCAAUCACGAGCAUUGUGUUCGUGGAAAACAUCUACUCUGCGAUCGGGGUGACCGAUCAACCCGAUAGAAUGGUAUAUAAGCUUUUAUCAUCUCUGGUGUUUCUCGUCAUUAGCAUGGCGAACUCGGUCAGUACCCAGUUUAGUACGCGGUUGAAUACAUUCUUUCUCACCACAAAGUUCGCUGCUAUCGCACUCACUGUGGUUGCGGGACUGGGUGUCGUCCUCUAUCACCUUGCUGGCUGGGAUAGAGACAAUCCACGCGAACCACAGGACUGGUUGACGAAAGCCUGGUUUGGUGCUCGCACUACCGUUGGCUUGGACGGGAGGGAGAUAGAGUGGCAGAAGUUACAUGGGUGGGAAUCUCUCGGUCAUUAUUCCGCCGCACUAUAUGGUGCACUCUAUGUCAGUGCCGAACUUUCUGCUCCGGCCCGUCAGUUGCCUCUAGCCAUGAAUACCGCCGUUCCCAUUAUCAUCCUCAGUUUCAUCGUAGUGAAUAUUGCCUAUUACAUACUGUUGACUUGGAGGGUAGUGUCCACAACUGAUAGUGUAGCAGUGACUUCGUUCAGCCACCUACUCGGACCUACAUUUGGUGCCAUCGCGGCGGCUCUGAUCUGCCUGGUGGUGGCAGGAUCCUUGUUGGGAAGUUCGUUUGUCGCUGGUCGCAUCGUGGUUGCUGCAGCCAAUUCGAACUGGGCAUCGACCUCGACAGCAGAUGCUCCGAUCAAAGCAAUUCUCUUCCCUACCGCCUGUUACAUUGUGUAUAUUUUCCUCGGGAACUUUCGGCUCGUGGCGACUUUCAGUGGUUUGUCUGCGUAUAUCUGUUUCUUUCUGACCAUGGCCGGUGCCAUUAUCCUUCGGGUCCGUGAACCAGAGCUGCCCCGCCCGUACAAGCCGACAAUCUGUGUCCCCGUUGUGUUUACUUUGGUCAGUGGGUUUGUGGUUGCUUGUGGUGCUGUUGUUGCUCCCGUGCAGGCCGUGAUGCUCAUUGGACUGUGGCUGGUGGGCCUAGGGUUCUACAGUGCGAGGAGGCGAUGGAUAGAGAAGGGAGAGGCAGAGAGAAGCGAGCCAUAACUUCAAUACACAUUGUAAAAGCGUGAGGGAGGCGCGCUGGAUGCUAGCUCAAACCAUGUGUAUCCAAGUCGGUUCAAUUUCGGGAUUGCCCUUGUGG